AUGGGAUCGUUUUUUUCAAAAGAUACAAGCAUAAGUAAACAGAUUAAAAGGAUAUGGAAUGAAGAAAAUUACAGCCCUAUCCCCGACGGAAAAUCGGUAGGCAGCAAAUUCAACAGCUGGAGAGCGCCUGUCUUGGAAUUUGGUCCACUUGAAGACGAUCUUGCUGUAUAUCUUCAGGAGCAAGUACAUAUAGGACAUUACGAGCCGUCGGAGGAGUCUUGGCAGAAAUGCUGCAAGGUAGUGGACGUCAUAUCUCAAUCGUUUCAUGUUCAUCUGAAGAAAACCGCAUUAGAGUUCUACCCGGGUCUCGUCCUGAAAGACUUUAUAAAGCAGGGAAGCUCCCGAGAGGGUUUGAAAAUUCGAAAUCCGGAGUUUGAUAUGAUUCUUCCAUUCGCCAUUGAGGGAGUAAAUAUUCGCCCUGUCCCAACCAAGGAUAGCGAUAACAACUCGAUCCCAGCACUUUUUAAACUCAAAGUGUUGAACCCACAAGUUAAGCAUGGUAGUCGAUACCAAUUGCUACGAGAAAGUGGCGUGUUUGAAAAGCAUGGCUCUGAAAUGUUCCUCAACGCAAUAAACGUCAAGAAUCGGGUUAUGUCCUCCAUCAUGGAUAUCACAUUUUCAAGGAUUCAAGAAGAAAUGGAUAAAGAGGUCGAAAGGGAUCCAUAUUUGUUCACUCUCAGCAAAACAAUCACACAGUCAUCUGUGUACAGAUUCAAAAUAAAAAUAAAAUAUGGUGAAGACAGGAGGGAGAGUGUUGAAAUUCGAAUAGAAAACGCGACACCAAACGUCAUUGAAUUUAACGUUAUUCCAGGAUUUCUCCUUCAACCCGAUUCUGUUCCUGAUCCAAACAGCUGGUUUUCAAUGUUGGGUUUCAAUUCUUCAAUGGAAUGCGACAAAUACGCUGUCAUGGAUUGGGUACAGAAAGGACGUCACUCCGUUCCUUAUCCUACACCACAGCUGCUUUGGACAGAGAGUACCUGCGGUUACGAGAAGUAUAUCAUCGACGUCAGUCGUAGGACCAAAAGUAACCUCUACAUCCUAACGGCAUGUAGGAUAAUGAAGGCCUACAUUGACAUCUUUGAUCAAUCCUCACAACUUCGCAUUAUUCUACCAUCAUACCUCAUGAAGAACAUAGCAAUUCACUGUAUUCUUCUUCGGCUAGAAGUAUCAGGCGUCAGGGAGGCUCUUGGAUGCUUGAUGAUUUUUCUUGAGAUAUGUCUUGAAAAAGAGUUCCUGUCGCAUUUCGUCUAUGGUAAUGCUCAUUUGUCGACCAUGUUAUCAAAAUCACAAACAAGUGACGAACAGAAACGUCUUAACCUUUUUAACAAUAUCCCUCGUACCCACUUUCAGGAGGCUAAAUGUUCAUUGAGAGUGAUGAAAGGUUAUUUACGAGGCUCGUUUACCGAAAGUUCACAUCUCAAUAGACAAAUUCUCCAAUAUUUCGAAGAGCUCUGCAGUCAGAGUACAGGUAGUGAAAACACCAGUUACAGCUGCGCACUAAUGUGAAACGCUCCUUCCGGAAAAGCUCUGCCAGUGCUUUCAGUCGACUCAACUUCAUCAGGGUUCCCGAACAAAGAUAAUGUCUUAGCUUUAACGUGUCUAUAAGAAAUCCAUAUGUUAUAAAGAAAAUAGGGCUUUACUUCAAUCGUAUUUUACUUUCCCAUGGAAUCUUUAAGUUAUUGGAUUUAUUUCCUUACGUUAAGGAACAUUUUGAAGUUGGGACCUUCGCUUGUGUUCAUCACAUGAGAACGCUUCUUAACAUGGAUUGUUACAAAAAGAUUAUAAAAUUGGAAGAGCAACAAGGAUUUGAAUAACGGUACAAAACGGUAAUUGUUGUGUCUCUCGGGAGUAGCAUGUCUGCAACGACGAAUAUUUUAAAAUGUGCUUUAAAUGCGCGGGAAAUAUACUUCAUUUCAGUUAUCUUUUGACGUUCGGAAAUUGAUACAACUUGCCAUCAUCUUAGGGUAAACAGAGAAACUCUUUAUCUAUCUACAUCUUUAUAUUUUGUGACACUUGAUGCUGAAGUUACAGCAAUAAUCAGAUAUAUAUUGAGUAAAAUCUGUGAAUUAUUUUAGCGGUUUAGUGCAGUUAACUAUAUCUAUUGUAAUCACAUAAUAUCAUAUGUAUUGUCUUGCUCUAUACCAUGAUUACAUAUACAUGUAUGUACCUUGGACCAUCAGGCUUAACAUUAAUCAAAUGAAUAAUGAAUGAAUGAAUGAAUGAAUGAAUGAAUGAACGAAUAAAUGAAUGGAUGAAUGAAUGAAUGAAUGAAUGUUAAUAUGUCAACAUUAAUGACGCUUAUCAUAUCGUUUGUCUUUGAGUAUGCUUAAGACUAAGAUUUAGACGGCCUUCCUUUGGACGAAAGGAGAACGGGGAAAACAUGACCUAGGUUUAGUCAUCAUCAAAAUCGAAUUAGAGACAUAAGCACUAUAUGUAUUCUUGUCUUUUAUCAGAGAUUUAUUUUUAACCUUUUUGGUUUUAAGAUUAAAUUUCAAUUAUGAAUACGUUAAUAUGUCGGUUUAACGAUCAGAGGGCACG